AUGCAGCAGGACGGGAUCAGCAGCAUGAACCAGCUUGGGGGGCUCUUUGUGAAUGGCCGGCCCCUGCCUCUGGAUACACGGCAGCAGAUUGUGCGGCUAGCAGUCAGUGGAAUGCGGCCCUGUGACAUCUCACGGAGCCUUAAGGUAUCUAACGGCUGUGUGAGCAAGAUCCUAGGGCGUUAUUACCGCACGGGUGUCUUGGAGCCCAAGGGCAUUGGGGGAAGCAAGCCACGGCUGGCUACACCCCCUGUGGUGGCUCGAAUUGCCCAGCUGAAGGGUGAGUGUCCAGCUCUCUUUGCCUGGGAAAUCCAACGCCAGCUUUGUGCUGAAGGGCUUUGCACCCAGGACAAGACUCCCAGCGUCUCCUCCAUCAACCGAGUCCUGCGGGCACUACAGGAGGACCAGGGACUACCGUGGACACAGCUCAGGUCACCAGCUGUUUUGGCUCCAGCUCUCCUCACUCCCCACAGUGGCUCUGAGACUCCCCGGGGUCCCCACCCAGGGACCGGCCACCGGAAUCGGACUAUCUUCUCCCCAAGCCAAGCAGAGGCACUGGAGAAAGAGUUCCAGCGUGGGCAGUAUCCUGAUUCAGUGGCCCGUGGAAAGCUGGCUGCUGCCACCUCUCUGCCUGAGGACACUGUGAGGGUCUGGUUUUCCAACAGAAGAGCCAAAUGGCGCCGGCAAGAGAAGCUCAAGUGGGAAAUGCAGCUGCCAGGUGCUUCCCAGGGGCUGACUGUAUCAAGAGUUGCCCCAGGAAUCAUCUCUGGACAGCAGUCCCCCGGCAGUGUGCCCACAGCAGCCCUGCCUGCCCUGGAACCGCUGGGUCCUUCCUGCUAUCAGCUGUGCUGGGCAACAGCACCAGACAGGUGUCUGAGUGACACCCCACCUAAAGCCUGUCUCAAGCCCUGCUGGGACUGUGGCUCCUUCCUCUUUCCUGUGAUUGCUCCCUCCUGUGUGGACCUUGCCUGGCCCUGCCUCGAUGCCUCUCUGGCAUAUUACCUGAUUGGAGGGGCUGGUGAAGCAACACCCACCCACUUCUCACACUGGCCUUAAGAGGCCUCCACUCAGCAGUAAUAAAAGCAGUUUUU